UGGGUGGGAAAGGGAAGCUGCAAGAAUCCGAAAAUAUCUGUUUCCUGGACAAACACUGAUGUGAAAUAUUGAGGGGAACAAACACCUAUAAUUCCCUAUGAAGGUCGCUGAAAUCCUGUCAGAUCUGACAUCUCUGAGGGCUUGCGGCCAUGCCGAAGCACUCGCACUCGUGAAUGUCCACAAGACCAUCGCGAACUCAGAUCCGCAGCAGCAGAACCGGCAGCAGACUGAACAGGUCCUUUCCCCAAAUGUUGGCGAAUCAACCCCAACCACGCAAUCCGAAGACCUGCGCCGCGCAAAAGAUCUGGUUGAGCUUCAUAAUGAUAUCAAGUUAAAGCAGCUGAACAGGCACAAUGGUGGCUUGAAUGAGGAGCUUCAGAAGGCACGCCGGGAUGUUGAUCGCGUGUUGCAGGAGUUGGGGUAACUGAAGGGGAAAAGGAAGCAGCGGAUUCGUUAAGCAUCACAUGUAUACCCAGCGAUUGCCAACAAUGUCUCUACGGUCUUGACUCAUAGGGAACGGCGGAGUCCAUCGUAUGGAGUUCUUGACGAGAUUCUUGAUUCAUAGUCAAAUCCCACUCCGAAUAUCGAAGUGAACGACAGGCCAAAUGUAACGCGGGGACUAGUGUUGACCAUGGGUUUCGAGGCUCCGAUGAAGCUUCACAGCGGUCAGUUGUUGUAUGCAUCUCCAAUGUAUACGCUAGAAAUCCUAAUAUGAACAUUCAUGAACUC